AUGCGUACGUUUUUGGUUGCAUUGCUCCUGCCACUUGCUCUGUUAUGUAAUCUUAAUGCCACCCGGCUCACUUUUCACACCUGCAAUGAGUCUUCAAUUUCAAUAGCGCUCUCACAGAUUAUCCGCGACCUGCAACCACUUCCUCUGGUUAUACUGGUUGGCCCGGACUCUGAUCUAACUGACGCCCACUGCAAAAACGAUCGCGGUGUUCACUUGGAUACUUUCUUACAGCGUCUUAAUCGCCUUCAUUACCAGUUGGUGAUCUUCAGUGACACGGGUCUUUUUUUCCAGCACAUCGAGAAAAACCUGCAGGGGGCCAAGGAGUGCGUCAGCCUAAUUCUGGAUGAGCCUAAGAAGCUAAUAAAAGGCCUUCGCGAGCGCCGCCUAGCCCAUCGACUAAGCCUAUUCAUUUUCUAUUGGGGAGCCUGCUGGCCACCGAGCGCACGCACCAUUAACUUUACUGAGCCACUGCGGGCGGUGGUGAUAACUCGUCCUCGCCAAAAGGCCUUUCGCAUCUACUACAACCAGGCCCGACCUAGCAGCGUCAGUCAGCUACAACUGGUUAACUGGUACGAUGAUGAUAACCUUGGAUUGCAUCGCAGCCCGCUCCUGCCUACUGCAUUAUCUGUUUACGCGAACUUUAAUGGUCGCGUCUUUCGGGUGCCAGUGUUUCAUUCUCCGCCAUGGUUUUGGGUGACCUAUUGCAACAACAGCAAAGAGGAAUAUGACGCUACAAUGGCUAUAAAUGGCACAGACUGUAACGAAAUGCAUGUCACUGGUGGCCGCGAUCACCGUCUGCUCUUGCUGCUGGCGCAGCACAUGAACUUUAAGUUUAACUACAUCGAAGCUCCCGGGCGGACUCAGGGUUCAAUGAAAUUAGACUAUGCCAAGGAGUUAAACGAUAAUUUUACCGGUGGAAUUGGAAUGUUGCAAAAUGGACAGGCCGACUUUUUCUUGGGUGACGUCGGUCUCAGUUUGGAGCGUCGUAGGGCCAUCGAAUUCUCGUUCUUCACUCUGGCUGACUCAGGAGCCUUCGCAACACAUGCUCCCAGGCGUCUAAAUGAGGCUUUUGCCAUAAUGCGCCCUUUCAAACUUGAUAUUUGGCCAUAUUUGAUCCUGACAAUUGUCUUUUCUGGGCCCAUUUUCUACGGUAUCAUAGCUUUGCCAUAUAUCUGGCGUCAACGUAGUGUUAGCCAAGACUUGGAGGAUAUUGGAAAUAAAAAUUUCUACUUGGCUUAUAUAAAAGAGAUUUCCCCGUUAUUGUUGAAGUUUAACCAGCGCAAGGUCUUCCCCAAACAGCAGAUGCCCCGGAAGCUGUUUGAAAAAUGCAUUUGGUUUGUCAUACGUCUCUUCUUAAAACAAUCAUGCCACGAACUGUAUAACGGCUACCGAGCAAAAUUUUUAACCAUUGUGUACUGGAUAGCAGCGACCUAUGUUUUGGCCGAUAUUUACUCGGCCCAGCUUACCAGUCAAUUUGCUCGACCCGCUCACGAGCCACCCAUCAACACGCUUCAGCGCCUCCAAGCUGCCAUGAUUCGUGAUGGAUACAGACUUUAUGUGGAAAAGGAGAGCAGCUCUUUGGAAAUGCUUGAAAAUGGGACUGAGCUUUUUCGGCAGCUUUACGCUCUAAUGCGACAUCAGCAGUCUGGUGGCCAACAAGGGUUUCUUAUUGACUCGGUGGAAGCCGGUAUUCAACUGAUUGACGAGGGUGGAGAGGAUAAGGCUGUCCUGGGAGGUCGCGAAACUCUUUACUUCAACACUCAGCAAUAUGGAGCUAACAACUUCCAGCUCAGUCAAAAACUAUACACCCGGUACUCGGCGGUGGCCGUGCAAAUCGGGUGCCCUUUCCUAGAAAGCCUAAACGAUGUCCUUAUUCACUUGUUUGAGGGAGGAAUCCUCGAAAAGAUGACAACUGCCGAAUACGUUGUACAGUCCCGAAAAAGGCCCAAGAGCAACACCCAGCAUACUAAAGAAUUAAGCACUACAGAAAACGUUAAGGCCGGAAUCCAUAGUAAAAACAUAGAAAUUCAGAGUCGAAUUCACAAGAGAGACGUUAUCGGCCCGCUAAAUCUUCGCAUGCUGCAAGGCGCCUUCAUCGCACUUGGAGUUGGUGCACUGUCUGCAGGCUUAAUACUGUUGCUAGAGCUACUAUUUCAAAAACUUACCUAUACUGAGAAGCUUUGGAGUCUCUGCAGUCAAAUUGAGUUCCUUCACUUCGUCAAGUGCUUCUUGUAUUCCAGAAAGGUGUUUCGCGAAAGGUUUAACGGCGUCAAGUCUUGCAGACCAUCGCGUAUCGGACAAACUGUGAAGGGAAGAGGGAAUUUUCUUUUGAAGGAGUUCCCAUCGUUGAGGGCUUGUACUGAAUAUGUUAUAACAUUUCUGAACGACUCCGAAAAGAAGCGAUUCUGGCAACAGUGA